AUGCAAACCUUUCUCUUCGCACAAUUUUACCGGCUAGUUGUACACACACCUGCAGAGAAUUCGUCCAUGGGUGAAGUUCUCGGGCCCAUCGGCUUCUGUUUUGGAGGCAUUAGCUUCGUUCUAAGCACCAUUCCCAACGCUGCAAAGACCCUGCACGACUUUGAAGAAUGUAGGGACCAAUUUCGGGGAUACAAGACUCGUCUGGCCAUCUGCGAAGCAAGGAUAAUACGGAGGACGAAGCAGAGAUCAGAACAUGGCGAAAGAGAAGAGAUUGGCUACUUGGCUGCCGUCGACGAAGGCGAAGUGAAAGAUAUUAUCGAAGGUUGGAUCACCACGCUAGAAAAGGCUAUCGAUUGCAUCGAAAAGCUCUCAGAAAGAGAGUUCGAACAACGCACGGCUGCGCAUUCUGGCUCUGGGCCUAGUCUGGAUCCAAUACUCGAACUAGAAGAACUCGAAGAUUUUGCUUCACGACGAACGCACUGCAACAUACAGAUUAAAAUGCUUGUCGUCGUCCGCAGACUGGGAAAUGGAGAACCGGAGUUCGAUAGGGACUUCAGCGAUGUACUUCCAAUGCUAGACAUCGAUGGGUGGAGGACGAAGUCCUAG